UUUUAUAAUCAGUGGAAAUAAACGUCGAGUAAAUAAUCGACGAUGUCAUACAGUGAUAAAGUUCAUGGGGGCUUCCACGAGGGCAGCGUCAUGAUGCUGCGUUAUACCAAAAUGUUCUGCAUCUUUAUUCUUUCAACCACCGUCCAGAUUCGCGGGGCGCCGAUUUUUAUUCAAAAAUCAACAGACGCACUUGCAGUGCCUCCAGCAUACGCGCUGACGUUUAUGAAGAACUUUGGGUACUUACCCAAAGGGUCUCCUAGAGCGGAAGCACAAUAUAGCCAAGAUUCGAUGGUUGACGCAUUAAAAACUGUUCAGAAAUUCGGCAACAUACCUCAAACGGGAGUAUUCGAUAAUAACACGCUCCAGUUGAUGAAAUCACCACGGUGCGGUAUUCCCGAUGUUGAUCGGAAUGUCAACACUCGAAGUAAGCGAUACGCCGUCGGAUCUAGAGGAUGGAGAAAACGAGACAUCACCUAUUAUAUAGCAAACUGGAGUCCGAAGUUAGGUGAAGAGGCUGUCAGUAACGAAAUUGCGAGAGCUUUUGCUGCUUGGAGUGGAUAUUCGCGUUUAAAUUUUAAGCGAAUAAACGAUCCGAGUGCAGAUAUAAUAUUGGCGUUUGGAAGAGGCGAACACGGAGAUGGAUACGCCUUUGACGGUCCUGGAAUUGUCCUGGCUCAUGCCUUCUUCCCUGAUGAGAUGGGGUCUUGGGGGGGAGAUCUUCACUUUGACGACGACGAACAGUGGAGAGUAAGGCCUGCGGCGUCAGAAGACGGAACUGACUUUUACAGUGUCGCCGUUCAUGAAAUUGGUCAUAGUUUGGGCCUCGCUCACUCGUAUGUACCUACUUCUGUCAUGUACGCCUACUACAGGGGGUCGACCCCAGACAUACAGCUCGACUAUGAUGAUAUACUGGGAUUGUACCAGCUGUACAUUUCACAACAUUUAGAAAGUGACCACAUCGCAGCAACAGAGCCAAUUACCACUACCACGGAGCAUAUCAUGACAGAGGAAGAUGUUGAGGUAAUCGAAACCACAAAAGUUGCCCCUCGGAAAACUACAACAGAACGGAGUUAUCAAGUGACCUACGAAGGCGAUUAUGAAACAGUGGAAGAUCAUCAGAGACAUCAAUCUGAAGAUUACAACGAAGUAGCGGGGUAUCCUGAAUCGACCAUUCCCGAUAUCUGUGAUGGCAAUUUCGACGCCAUAUCAGUUUUUAGAUCGGAACUUUUUGUUUUCAAAGGAGAGUAUCUUUGGCGGCUGAGCAAGCGAGGGAUAAUUCAAAAUGGUUACCCUGUCAAGUUUCGUCAGUUAUUCUGGCAACUGCCGGAAUAUGUUAAAAAAAUUGAUGCUGCUUACCAAAGAGAAGAUGACGCCAGCAUUAUUCUUUUCAGUGGGAAACAAUACUGGGUUUACGAUGGAUACUCUUUCAUUGAAAACAGUCCUAGACCACUAACGGAUUACGGUAUCGAUGAAGGUGUGGAUGCGAUAGACGCUGUGCAAGUUUGGGGGAAAAACAAAAAAGUCUACCUGUACAGAGGUGAGCGAUUCUGGAGAUUUAAUGCAACAUCCCGCACAUUGGAUCCCGGAUAUCCUCACAAUAUAAGAAGGUGGCGUGGAAUUCCAUCUCAUAUUGAUGCCGCAAUGACAUGGAUCGACGGCAAGACUUACUUCUUCAAGGACAAGUUGGUUUGGAAAUUCGAUAACCUUCUGAUCAAGACUGACGAUCGCUACCCUCUUCCGGCUCCCCAAUACUGGAUGGGCUGCCCGGAGAAACUUGAUACUGUUUGGUGGUAAAUAAAUAAUAAUAUACGCGAAAAAAAAAGCGAGCUCUGUAAGCAUGGUAAGAGCAUCAAAAUUUAUCACCAAAGGUCUUGUUUGUGAUGCUGGUCGAUUUCUGACACAGGCCACAAUAAAAAAAAAAAAAAUAAAGUUCCUUCAAUCAGCUAAGAUUAUAGGUUAAAGCCGUGUAAUUAUUAUUGAGUUUCAAAUGCAUAACUUAUUGAAUAUUGUGUAGAAUAUUGUUUAUUUUACAUGCCACGCUGUAAUAAUUAUUCAAACUUUAUUUUGUCCCAGACACCAGUUUUUGAUAAGUAAAUCAAUGAAAAUAAAAAAAAUUUUAAGAAUUUGAUCCAAUAACUCACUCUAUACCUGAAUCUUACACAUAUUCUACUGAUGUUGAAAUUUGACAAACUUGGCGGAAUAAAUCAUGACAUAAAAUAACAUCGUUUUACUAUGCAUAAUAAUGCAUAACAGCAGUUUGCUGUGGAAAGUACGUUUCAUUUAUACCUGCACUGACGUAAAUGUCUUUCAUUAUAUAAAGAAUCUUAUAUGAUGCUACAGAGUAUGAUACAUCCAUGCUUGCAGCCUUACAACUCAUUGUGCAAGGUAAUAUCUAAA